AUGGCCACCCUCCCCUCAAACCCCAUUGCCUGCUUCUGGCAGAACAACCCCCACGAACUACACAACCAUCGCUCCACCGAAGAUCUCCCGACGCACAGCGACGUCGUGAUCAUCGGCGCUGGGUAUGCGGGCGUGAGCACCGCCUGGCAUUUACUACACAACCACGACAACAUCAAGUCAAUUACGAUCCUAGAGGCAAGAGGUGUCUGUUCUGGUGCCACCGGUCGCAAUGGAGGCCAUCUGCGCCCGGAUCUGUACGGACAUAUCCCCACGUAUAUUGACCGCGCUGGACCCGAAGCAGCGGCGGAAAUUGCCGAGUUUGAGAUUGCGCAUGUCCAAGCGAUUAAGAAACUGGUGGAGAGCGAGCAGAUCGACUGCGAUUUUACACUCACCAGGACGAUCGAUGUCUGGUGUAAUGAGCAAGCGGCGCAGGCGUCGAGGAAGGUGUACGAGCGGAUGAAGGAGUAUGGGUUUGCGUACAUGGACGAUGUUGACUUUCACACAGGAAAGAAUGUAGAAGGGAUCUGCGGCGUCAAAGGCGCCGUGGCCUGUGCCUCCUACACUGCGGCCACCAUCUGGCCCUACAAGUUCAUCACGCACCUUCUCACCAAGCUCCUGGCGUCAGGAAAGGUCAAUCUGCAAACCCACACCCCAGCAACAGCAGUUACACCAUCUGCAGCCGGCGACAGCAACAGUAAAUUCACAAUCGACACCCCCCGCGGCACCCUCCACGCCGACAAAGUCAUCCACACCUCCAACGCCUACGUCUCCUCGCUCCUCCCUCAGUACAAACACAACAUCAUCCCCUGCAAAGGCAUCUGCUGCCGCAUCGCCGUCCCAGAAGGAAAACCUGCCCCGCUGCUCACAAACUCCUACAUCGAGCGCACCAAGGACAGCGUCCUGUCAUAUCUCAUCCCCCGCGCAGACGGGAGCAUCAUCGUUGGCGGCGCGUCGGGGCUCUUCAAACCCCAUCGCGAACAGUGGUAUAACAACACCGACGACAGCGUGCUCAUCGACGCGGCGAAGGACUUCUACGACGGGUACAUGCAGCGGACGUUCCGCGGGUGGGAGGAGUCCGGGGCGAGGGUGGACCAGAUCUGGACUGGGGUCAUGGGUUACUCAUAUGACUCGAACCCGCAUGUUGGGGCUGUGCCGGAGAACGAGGGGCAGUUCAUCCUAGCGGGGUUGAAUGGGCAUGGGAUGCCAGUUGUUUGGCUGGCGGCGGAGGGAUUGGCGAGGAUGGUGGGCGAGAGGGUUGAGUUUGAGGAGACGGGGAUGCCGAGGUUGUUCAAGACGACGAGGGAGCGGAUUGAGAGGGCGAAGGAGGGAAAAGAAGAGGAUGGGGAUAUUCUUGGGACGGGGUCAUUUCCUGCUACCAAGCAGUAG